AUGCCUCCACAGCCGAAGCCAAUCAACUAUGAACAGAUAGCGGCAGCUCUGGUGAAUGCUGUCAAAAUUGAAUCUGUUUCCGAGCUGUCCUUGCCAGACAUUACCGCAGUAACUGAUGGGAUAACAUUGCUAAGCACGUCAGAAAGUCAGGAGAGUAGUCUGUCUAUUCAAAAGGACUAUCCGAGGUGGCCUGCUGGGACGGUAAUUCUUCGACAAGCGGACGAUUUCUUACAUUAUGAUCGGUGCAUUCAUCGGAGUCGGACUCAUCUAGAUGCGCGUCAUGAACCGACGAUAUUGAGCUGUCCUCGCCAACGGAAGCAGCGUCCGAACCGUCGUCAGAUUCAUUAUCACAGUCUGCUUGCCGCAAAGCCGAACAAGAAUUUGUUACUUGGGGCGAUGAAGGAAGAUACACAUUCUGCGGAGAAAGACAAUGAAAAGAGUAAUACUGAGAUACAGACGGGCUAUAAAGUAACCUUGUGGCUCGAUCUUCUAUCGGCCACCGCACUGUCUGUGAAGAACGAGCAAGAGAUCAUGGAUAUUCUAACGAACUGA